GGUGAGUGUCACUCUUUUUCCUUGUUUGUUUUUAUUCAGCUAUCUGAAAUUGCUACCUGAUACACGUCUCAUGUUUAUCAUAUUUCUCAUGUUUCGGAGUACAUGUUUAUUGACACAAGAGGUUAAGGAAGAUGAGUUGAUUUCUUGUAAUAAUAAUAAUAGUGGUGGAUGUUUAAUUAUUUAUUAGAAAUGUUUGGCACUGGGUAAAUAAUUUAUUGUGAAAAAAUAUACUGACUGUGAGGAUAUGUGGGUUCAACGGAAAAAAUAAUAAACUUACGCGCGGAGUAGGGACCUUGAAUGUAAUAUUUUAAUGUAGAAGUUAACAAAAUAUGAAAAUAUAACUCGCUAAAAAGUAGGCCGGAAAUAGUAUAUGAAACUGUUUAAAAAGGAUGGAGUAAAUUUUAAGGACGCCAUUUAUUUUUGGUUCCGGUCUUUUGGGUCAGUUUUAAUGUUUAAUACGGAGUAGUUCAAUACUUCGUGUACUAAUAAGGGUAUUAUAGGGCUAUAAAGAAGUUUGAUUUUUAUUGCGAAAUUUAUAGAAUGAUCAAUUUAUUCUAGGAUCAACUUUAUAUACGAAGUAAGUCGUAGCCUACGAUUAUGAAACAAAUGGAGGAAGUAUUUAGUACUAUUCCGUGAUAGUGUUGUGGAACCACAAAAUUUCAGACUUUUGGUAGCCCUAUAAGAAUGUUGUAUCUUUGAAUUGUUGUGGUACAUUGUGAAGAAGUCGAGGGGCAAACAAUAACUUUCUUUGAAUGCGUUCUACUCCUAUUCACCUGAUGUUCAAUUUUUUUUCUUCUGAUCUUCUAUUAUCUGAACUUCUCAUAACUCGUUUUACUUAUAAAUUGCAUUUGAAUAGCCAUGUUAUUUUAUGAACUUAUAUUAUCUGAACUUAAUUGAUCUUAUUUUUUCCGAAAUAAGUGGUAAAAAGGAGAAUAUAAUAGUGCUUUGAUGUACAUCAAGUUGAAAACUCAAAUAAACGUAUUGAGAGGGGACUAAUGCUUGUCCAAGAAAAGGACUUGCACAUUGACUAAUCACCUUUGACAAAAUAAACCAAAACUACCAAUAAUAUAACCAAAAUUCCAUAACCCAAUCUCACUUCCCUUGCCCCAAAAAUCCACAAUUUUGAGUUCAGAACUCAAUAAUGCAAAGAUAGGAUCCUAUAUAACUGAUCGUGUUCAAAUAAGGUCGUAUAAUUAGACACGAUUUCAAUAAUGAAUAGAUUAGCGUUAAUUUUCUCUAUCAUCACCCUCAACCUCAACCUCCUCUUCCCACAACACCUACUAACAGUUGCAGAACUCUGUUCUCCCUUCUCUUGCAACCACCACGCAAAUGACCCGAUCCAAUUCCCAUUUUCGGUACCCGAAAAUCAAACCACCAGGUGCGGGUUCCCCGGGUUUGACCUCUCUUGCAACUCCGACGGUCAGACCCUCUUUCCUCUUGGUGAAGCCGGUCACCUUAUUGUUGGGGAAAUUUCAUACAUGGACCAAAUCCUUUUAGUAUCCGACCCGAAUCAAUGUAUCCCUAAACGGGUCAUUGAAUUAAACCAUAGGUGGCCUUCCUCCUUCAGGUUCUACCCUUACGAAUCACCUUACACUUUCCUUAACUGCUCCAGAACGAAUGGAACGACGCUGGAAAUGAGCAUGCUUCCUGGGGAUACUUCAAUAGUUUCGUGUAUGAGUGGCGGGAAUUACACGGUGGUGGCGGCGUUCGAUAGCACCGCCGAGGAGAAGAUGUUGGAGAGAGGAAGGGAGUGGAAGUGUGAGAUGAUCGAGAGGGUAAACGUUGCGUUUUGGGGGCCUGGGAUGCAGUACGAGUACGAUUACGAUAGGCAUGGGUAUUAUCCCAUGGAUUUGAGUAAUGUGUUUGUGCAACUGGGUUGGGAUAUUCCGGGUUGUGGUGAUUGUAUGGUUCGUGGUGGGUCUUGUGGGUUGGUGGGUGAUUCGGGCCUCGAAGUUGCUUGCUACAUUCCUGCCUCUUCUUCUUCCGGCUUGCCAAAAAGCGCCAAAUACGGCCUAAUACUAGGAGCAGGAAUACCAGGACUUGUAUGCAUUGUUGGUUUAACAUUCUACACCAGCAGCAGGGUCAGUGCUCGUCGUAAUCAGACUCGUCGUUACACAAACACUGAAUCCUCACCUUCAAUAUUCCCUCAACCAAUUAUCCUAACAUUAGGCCUCGAUCUUCCCACCAUAGAAUCAUACCCAAAAACCAUACUAGGAGAAAGUAAACGACUCCCAAAACCCAGUGAUAACAUCUGCCCUAUAUGCUUGUCAGAGUAUCAGCCUAAAGAGGCUUUGAGGUCUAUACCAGAAUGUAAUCACUACUUCCAUGCUGACUGUAUUGAUGAAUGGCUUAGAAUGAAUGCUACUUGCCCUCUUUGUAGGAACUCGCCUCAAUCAUCCUCUGGGGUUGCUGGUAGUGGUCGCUAGAGCAUUCAAUCUGGUCCGUCCUUUAAAAUCUCUUUAUCUUGUUGUCUGAAUCAUGGUUAUUGAUUAAUUGUUGCUUGUAUAUACCAUAGUUUUCCUCUGAAUUAGGAAGAAAAAAAGAAAGAAAAAAGAGUUAUUGAGCAUCUUUGUGCAGUAAAAUUUUGGGAGUUGUUAUACAGACACAAAUUGUAUUCAUCAGAUUACAACACUGCUAUUCAAAGCAGUUAUACUUAUUGUUUACCUCGAUCUGUCAAUGUACCUUUCAGUCCUUAACUGUGA